AGUUAGUGUAUCAUCAUCAAUCAACCUUUGCUAACUAGCAGUUCGUCAAUAGCAAUCACAGAGCUCAAUCAACAACAGACACCACGAUAGACAAACAGCCAGGACACACUCACGAUGGCCGGACAAAUGUAUCAACGGGAUCCUCGAGCAGGCUUGUUUUUGGGUGGAAGCAGGAUCAGUGGAGCUGAGAUUCGGGAUCAGAAUGUUAUCGCUUGUCAGACGGUAUCAAACAUUUUGAAGUCGUCGCUCGGACCCGUCGGUCUGGACAAGAUGCUGGUGGACAACAUCGGAGACGUGACGAUUACGAACGAUGGAGCUACGAUUCUUUCCCUCUUGGAUGUUCAGCAUCCUGCUGCCCGAAUCCUCGUCUCCCUAGCCGCUCAGCAAGACAAAGAGAUCGGCGACGGGACCACCUCGGUCGUCCUCAUCGCCUCUGCCCUGCUGCAGCGUGCCAACGAACUCAUCCGGAACAAAAUUCACCCCACGACGGUCAUCACCGGAUAUCGACUUGCCUGUAAAGAAGCUUGUCGGUUCAUGGUAGAGCAGUUGAGCACAAAGGUGGAUACGCUAGGAAAGGAGAGUUUGAUCAAUGUGGCCAAGACGUCGAUGAGCUCCAAGAUCCUUGCUGCGGACGACGACUUUUUCGCUCCCAUCGCUGUCGAUGCCAUGUUGGCCGUCGGCACGAUCAACCCUCGCGGCGAGAAAAAGUACCCCGUCAAGGCUGUCAACGUGUUGAAGGCACACGGAAAGAGCGCAAGGGAGAGUUUCAUGGUCAAGGGUUACGCUUUGAACUGUACCGUUGCUAGUCAAGCCAUGAAGAAGCGAGUAACGGGAGCCAAAAUCGCUUGUCUCGACAUCAACUUGUCCAAGCAACGAAUGCACCUCGGCGUUCACAUCCAGAUCGACGACCCGGACCAGAUCGAGGCCAUCCGAAGACAAGAAUCCGAGAUUGCCAUCCAGCGUGUCAAGAAGAUCUUGGCUUCCGGUGCCAAUGUCAUCCUCACGACCAAGGGGAUCGACGACCUCGUUCUCAAGGAGUUUAUCGAGGCCGGUGCCAUGGGAGUCAGGAGGUGUAGAAAGGAGGACCUGAAGAGGAUCGCCAAGGCUACCGGCGCGACGCUUAUCAGCUCGCUCGCCAACCUCGAGGGGGAAGAGACGUUCGAAGCCUCGAGCUUGGGUCACGCUGAAGAGGUCGUGCAAGAGAGGAUCAGCGACGACGAGCUCAUCCUCGUCAAGGGGACCAAGGUCGUCAGUUCGUCGUCGAUCGUGCUCCGUGGUGCCAACGAUUACAUGUUGGACGAGAUGGAGAGGGCGUUGCACGACGCGUUGAGCAUCAUCAAGCGAACGUUGGAGAGUGGAAGCGUGGUACCUGGAGGUGGAGCCGUAGAGACGGCGCUUUCGAUCUACCUUGAAAACUUUGCGACGACGUUGGGUUCUCGGGAACAACUAGCCAUUGCAGAGUUCGCCUCGGCGCUCCUGACCAUCCCAAAGACCCUCGCCAUCAACGCUGCCAAGGACAGUACCGACCUGGUAGCCAAGCUUCGAGCGUACCACAAUGCCGCACAGAACGCCCCGGUAGGGGACUCGAAGCGAGGAUUGAUGAUGUACGGUCUGGAUCUCAUCAACGGCGAGGUCCGGGAUAACCGACAGGCCGGGGUUUUGGAGCCGACCAUCUCCAAGAUCAAGAGUUUGAAGAGCGCGCUCGAGGCUGCGACGAGUUUGUUGAGGAUCGAUGACAGCAUUACCGUUGCACCCGAACAAAAGGAAGACCCGCACGGGCAUUAGACGCAGUGACACCCGAUCCUCUAAACCCCCCCAAAAGACGAUAGAACCCUUCGGAAAUUGACGACCUCCUCACACCUUCUACAUUGCCUUGUUCUUUCUUUCCUCAUGUCUUGUAACCUAUGAUGAAGAUGAGAGGCCAACAGGUGGUUUCCACAUGUUGACGAUACGACAAAAGCAUGUCCAUGUUCCAUC